UGGACAGUGACAACUGUCAAAUAUCACCUGACAUCAAAAUCAUAACAAAAAACAAGAAAGUUUUUUCUUAAAUUUUUCUUUUGUAUCUCAAUUAAAUCGUAUCGCUAUUUCCUUGUCAUCUCAAGUUAAUUAAAUGCGUAGAACAAUCAGAAAGUCAGAAAAUCAUUACAUUCUGAUAAGUUUCAAAUAUAAAUCUGGAAACUGGAACUAGACAUUUGGUAUUAUCCUCCUGGACACAGGAAAGUUUUAAGUUCAGGACAAAGGAGGUAAUUUUACUGGAAAUCAUGGAAGAACCACCAUCAAUAAGCACUGAACACAUUUGCGAUAGUGAUGAGGAAAGUUGUAGAAACUCAGGUCGGAGAUGUUGCCACAACCCAGGAAAAGCCCUACUAACAGAGGAAAGAAUGCGCAGAAAACUGCAGUUUUUCUUUAUGAAUCCCAUAGAGAAAUGGCGGGCAAAGAACCGAUUUCCCUAUAAAUUUUUCAUACAACUUGCUAAAAUUAUUUUGGUCACUUUACAACUGUGUUUAUAUGCUUACAGUAGUUAUAAUCAUGUAAAUUACACCUGGGACAACAAAAUAGCCUUUUCUCAUCUCUUCUUAAAGGAUUGGGAUGCUACUAGAGAAGUUAAUGUUUAUCCACCCGCAGUGGGGCCCUUGGCUAUUUACAGACAGGAGAAUUUUUUCAAAACAUUAGAUUAUGCUUAUGAGAAUUAUGCUAAUUUAAGUGAAGCUGUAGGUUCUUAUUCAUAUGCCAAUGAAGAUAAUACAGUAACAGACAUGGUGUUAUGCAUAUACGAGUAUAAACAAGGAAUUAUUUAUGGAUUUAAUGAAUCUUAUGUGUUUGAUAGUGAAAUUGUGGAAAGAUGUCAGAAUUUUUCCUAUCACAUCCACGGACCUAUGUUGGACUCGAAAAAUGUUCUAGAAAACAAUAAUUUCAACGUUAGUUUUUCUGCACUUGUCAAGGCCGAAUUGAUGUUCUCUUUGAAAACUGUCAAUUUUAAAGCUGCUAGCAGAAUAACUGCUCCCAACUGUUAUAGAUUCGACAUUAAAAUAUUGUUUGAUAAUGGGGAUCAUGAUGGGCAAAUGUUGUUAAGUUUAGAUGCUGAAGCACUUAGGCUGAAAUGCAAAGGUGACACAACCUAUAUUACAGAUGAUGAAAUAUCAAGUAUCCUCCGUAGUAUGCUCAAUUAUACUGUGAGCGUUAUUUGUAUUAUUUCUUUCGUGUUGUGCUCACGGACUGUAUGGAGAGCACAGCAAUUAAAACGAGUCACUGUAAUGUUUUUUGAACAUCAAUACAGUAAAACAUUGACUGCCUCUGAUAGGAAUAAAUUUUUGAAUUUGUGGUAUAUCAUGAUUAUUGUCAAUGAUAUAUUGAUCAUCAUAGGAUCGUCAAUAAAGGAACAAAUCGAAAGACAAGAGUUUACCAGUGACCAAUGGAAUAUUUGCAGUCUCUUUCUGGGUAUUGGCAAUAUGCUGGUUUGGUUUGGAAUAUUGAGAUAUCUUGGCUUCUUCAAAACUUAUAAUAUUGUCAUUUUAACAUUACAAAAAGCUGCUCCUCAAGUAGCCAGGUUUCUACUUUGCGCUUGCCUAAUCUAUGCAGGUUUCACAUUUUGUGGCUGGUUAAUUUUAGGUCCAUACCACUUGAAGUUCCGCACUCUAUCGACCACUUCUGAAUGUUUAUUUUCUUUGAUUAACGGAGACGAUAUGUUUGCCACUUUUUCCAUUAUGUCCAACAAAUCUAGCUUACUGUGGUGGUUUUCCCGGGUGUACUUGUAUUCUUUUAUCAGUCUGUACAUUUAUGUUAUCCUCAAUCUAUUCAUAUCAGUUAUAACUGACACUUAUGAGACCAUUAAACUCUAUUACAGUGAAGGUUUUCCAAAAAGCGACCUAGAUAAUUUUAUAGGUGAUACCAACUGUGACGACAUGUCCAGUGGCAUUUUCAGGACAGGCUCCAGUGAAAGCUUAGGGGGGUUAAUCAAGGAUUUAUGCUGUUGUUAUCCACAAUUGAUGCAGAAAACCUAUAAGACUUUGAGUCAAAGCAAUUCCGCACCCAAUGAUAAUUCGCCGCACAUGAAUGGUUCCAUUUGAAAUAAUAUGUUUUAAGUACUUGGUAUGUUAUAGAAUACAGGGUGUUUUAAGAGUUAUAUUUUAGACCCACUGUAUGAAUAUUGAAAAUAAGUAUAUCCACAAAUUGUUACCGCCUUUAUUUAUUUUAACUGCCAAAAAUAUAGAAGAUAAUAAGUGAAAUGUAAGGCUGUUUUAUUAAAUUUCAAAAUAAAAUACCAA